ACGGAAAGAGGGAGGGAUUAACCAAAGCUGUAGCAGGAAGUUGUGUUUUGUGAGGUUCUCCGACAGCUUUUUUCUGUUUUCUGCGUCAGUAACAGUCAGACCGAAAGUGUGCGGCCGUUUCCUUGAGUUUCGAUUCGGUUUCCAGUUCGGAUGUGACUCCCCGCUCUGCCUGUUUCAGUGCAGGUAUGAACGAGCACUUCGAUCGGGCGCCCGGGGCCGGUCGCGCCGCCCUGAAGGCCGAGGGGCCUCUGGAGGGAGGUGACGCCGCGCGAUUUUCGUUCAGCCAGCGGGAGCCGCUGCGACAGCCACGGACAUCGCCCUCGUUUCUGGAGAGCAGCUGCCCGGCCGGUCUUGGAGGUUGCAGGCCACCCCGCCCAGCCCAGAUUGGUGCCAGUGAGGAUACCCUGGCCAUGGGCUCGAUCCUGUCUGCCGAGGCAGAGGAGUUCUACCCACUCAGCUACUCCUUAGUGCAGGAACCCGAACAGGAGGACGACUUGGGCAGUUACUAUAGUGAGGACUGGCUCGCAGAGCUGGUACAGGAGUUUGUCGGGCAGCUGGAGGCCUCUCCGGGAACCUUCGACCUGGACAUGGAGAACUUCACAGCCACGCUGAAUGAGUGCAUCACCACGGAGGAGACCCUGCAGGAGCUGGUGAGGCUCAUAUACAUGCAGGCUAUGUCUAUCCCAAACUUUGCCUACACUGGGGCACGACUCUGCAACUACCUGUCUCAUCAUCUGCUCAUCAGUCCUUCAAGUGGGAAUUUCCGGCAGCUUCUCUUGGAAAGGUGCCACACGGAGUACAAGGCGCGAGAUGAGGCCAUGAAGGGAAGCGAGGAGGUGCAGAAGGCCUUCCACUCCUACGUGCUCUUCCUGGGCGAGCUCUACCUGAACCUGGAGAUCAGAGGAUCACAGAAACGCGCCAAGGUCCUGCUGCCGGCACUGAAAGACCUUCUGCACACACUGCUUAACAACCCCAUGGAUGGAAACCUCAUGUGCACUGUGAAGCUGCUUAAGCUCACUGGCUCUGUGCUGGAGGAUGACUGGAAGGAGAAUGGGGAGACCACCAUGGAAGACCUCAUCACAAAAAUAAGAAGCAUUCAGCUGGAUGUCAAAUGCGGCAGAGAUGUGAAGGAGAUGCUGUUGAGUCUGUUGGAGCUGAGGUCCAGUAACUGGGGCCGGGUCUACUCCGGGAGUGCCGCCGUAGAGGCCACGCCUGAUAACGACCCAAACUACUUCAUGAACGAGCCCACGUUCUACACGCCAGAUGGCACGCCCUUCACGGCUGCAGAUCCGGAAUAUUCUGAGCACUACCAAGACAUACUGGAUAGGGAAGCCUACUGCCCGGACAUCUGUGAGGAGAACGGCACCGAGGGGUACCCCGAGGAAGACGAUGAAAUGGAUCCCGAGAUGGUAGAAGCUUAUGAGAAGUUCUGCUUGGAGUCUGAGGAGGCAAUAAGGAGGAGGAGGCAGUGAGGAAGAGGAUGAGGCACCUAAGCUUGAGCCUAGACUGGCUGGGCCAUCUUUCCUGUGUGUGUUGAUCUGCCUGGAUGUGCUGAUGCGGUGUUUAACACAAAGAAUAAGGACAAUGAGGCUUCAAUUUUAGCUAAGUUCCUGAUAUUAAAAAAAUAUGUUUCUUAGUUUACGCACGCUGCGGCCCUGCCGCGCUCUCCGCCGGGGGGGUGGUUUCGCAGAGCGCUAUGCAUUGGGCGAUGACAUCGCGGGGCUCCUUGCCUGUGUCCUUUGUUGUAGAUCUGUUGUCGCAAACGUACAGACAGAUCAGCACAGCUGGCAAAGGGCCAGCUUGUACAAAAGAAAAAAUGAAUAAAAAAGACGAGAAAGAAGAACAAGAGAGCAGCCGGGCCGAAGGGAAGGCAGACGAGUGCCGCUCCCCUUCUGGGCCUGUACCCCCCCCACCCCCACCCCCGUGUUUCAUUGAAGGGUUUUUUUUUUUUUAAUUUCUUGACCCAAAGCACAGACUGGUGUGACCUGAUUGUAAACGUUGUCGACAAAGAUACAGGCUGGCUGAGGAAAGGCGAACACAGCCAGGACGUUCAGGAAGUAGCAGUACAGGAAGUACGUCUCGGAUACAUACGUAUAUACAUACAUGUGUAUAUAUAUGUGUAUAUAUACACGCACACUGGCACCUUAUGCAAUAAAAUUGUGGUGCAGAGCGGCCAUGAACACCCUCUAACGGCCCUGGGAUUCCCCCCCCCCCCCUUUGGCUGUGUUCCCAUUCUGGUGGGUGAAGGGCUUGUUUGACACCACUAAGAGCAUCCGCUGUGGUGUUCGGUCUGCGAGCCAGCGCAUCAUAAACUUCUUGGAGGGUCACACGUUAAGAGUUCUGCUCUUUGCUUUAACUUGCAUGUUGUUUCAAGUGUGAGAACAUUUUAUUUUUAAAACCAUAAAAUGCGUUGGAAUGGUUAAGCUGUUUUCUCCCCUUAUUCCGGCAGUUUUGUACUAUUUUUGUAGAAACAUAGACGUAAGAGAAUUAAUAAAGGUGAGAGCACAUACUGUC